UCGUUAGCAGUAUUCUUUCUCCGCUCCUCCAGUCAACGGCAACAUGAAGUUCAUCCUCCUCGCCUGCGCCUCCUUCUGCGCCGCCGCCCUGGCCGCUCCCCAGAUCCCCAACCAGGUCGUCGCGAUCACAAGGGACGAUCGAACCGACAACGGGGACGGGACUUUCACUUACGCCUUCGAGGCCGAGAAUGGCAUCGUCGCUCAGGCCGCUGGUGUUCGUGGCGCCCUGGGACAGUCCAACAUCCAGGGAGUUUACAGCUACCCACUCCCCGACGGCAGCGGCGUCAUCGAGGUGAGAUACGUGGCUGACGAAAACGGCUUCAGGGCCGAGUCGCCCUUCCUGCCCCAAAAUCCACCACACGUGGCGCAGCUCCUGAGGAUCGCCGAGGAGCAAAGGGCUGCGGGAAUCACCUUCGAGUAGUGGUGGUGAUCUGUCGCCAUCGCUCAUAGUUAGCCAUUUAGGAUAUCCUUGGGAAACCAUCUUCGAAAUAUUAGUACGAAGGAAGGGUGUGUCCCUUCUUUUCAUAGAAGCACUGUCACGAAUCAAUUUACAGAAUCCUGUGAAGGUUUCACAGAAUCUUGAGAAGAUUUUACAGAAUCCUGUGAAGGUUUUACAGAAUCCUUUGAAGGUUUUACAGAAUCCUGUCAAGGUUUUAUAGAAACCUUUGAAGGAUUUACAGAAUCCUGUGAAGGUUUCACAGAAUCUUGAGAAGGUUUUACAGAACCCUGUGAAGGUUUUACAGAAUCUUGAGAAGGUUUUACAGAAUCCUGUGAAGAUUUUCAAAAUAUUUUGCUUGUGGAAUUUGAAAGAGCCUCCCUUCAGAAUUUUCAAGCGAACUAUUUCGACACGACGCCAUUUGUAAUAGACACUUUCCAAGCAGGUGCUUUGUGUGACAAUUCGAAAUCUGAAAUGGUAAGAGUGGUGUUAUUGCAGGUAAGCUUCCUAUAUUUUUCAUUGUAAUGUUCUCUGGGCCUUCACAUCUAAAUAUUUCUUUCAAAUUUCCACUUACUGUUACACCAAGAAAACACUACAAAUGUCAGUUCACCAUUUCAUUUUUGUGAUGGCUCGUCACGCUUAUCAGUAAAACCACCAAUCACCAAAUCAUUUUAACUAUUUAUGUACACUUUUAACAUUACUAGGAAGGCCUCAUUACUAAAAAAUAAUCAUUGUAACUUAACAGUCGUAACCAAUCCUUCGUCUACAAUGUGCUAUCUUCAUUUUGAAAAAUAUAUAUACUAUAUUGUCUCUGCAAACGCCAAUUUCACCUAUGACUAAUAAAGUUCCUAAACAAUAAUAAA